GAUGCCCUAGGGUGCCGAAUCUGAUUGGUUGACUUUUUUAACUUGCGCCUGGCAGGACCCUGCUUUGUUGGAUCAUGGCACCAGAGUCAAGAAAAGAGCAAAACAGCAGUGAUAUGUCAUGUUCAAACAGAAAUAUUUCUUAUAAACAGUGGUAUGUCCUAUUCAAACAAACGAAUAUAUGUGUUCAAAGUAGCGUAGGCGAACAUAUCACGAAUUAGUUACAGAUGCUGUCAUCACAUGAUCGAAUAAGUCGACAUAGAAGACGUAGCGCUGAUAGAGAUGACAACUAUCGCCAUCAAAGGAAUUGUUACGGCAUGAAACAUGAAAAACGAGAUAAAAAUGAAACCCCUUCUUCACGUAAAGAAGAAGCAUCACUUUUCUCUUUCGAGAAACAAAGAUUCGAAUUAAACAGAACUCUUAGUGCAAAUGCAAAUUUAGUAAAUGAUAUUAACGAUUUUUGGAAAUUCGUCCGAAAAUAUGAAGCAAUGGGGGAGAAAUUUGGCACCAAAGAUGAAUUAUUUUCUGUAUCGAAUAAUUAUAAUUCAAUUGGAGUACCUUUAGUUUAUCACAAUUCGCACAGCUUGAAUGUUACACUCACUUCUAGUAAACGCCAUUUAUUCGACAGAGUUUCGAGGUCAAUUGAUCUAACGGAUGAUAGGUUGGAAAAGUUUAGAGACAUUAUUAUUAUGUAUGUAGGAUUCAAACAGAAAGAAAAAUUUGCAAAACUAAAGAAACUCAGGGAUGAACAAGCAAACUUACCAGUUGCGAAAUAUCGACAGGAAAUUGUUGAUUCUCUUCAAACUGAACGAGUCAUUAUUAUAGCCGGCGACACAGGCUGUGGUAAAUCAACUCAAGUUCCACAGUAUCUAUAUACUGCUGGUUUUUGCAAAAUAGCAUGUACCCAGCCUCGCAGAAUAGCUUGUAUAUCAUUAGCCAAGCGUGUAGCUUUUGAAUCACUAACGGAGAAUCAGAACGAAGUGGGUUACGAGAUUCGAUUUGAGAAGCAGAGAAAUCAACAAACAAAAAUUACAUUUAUAACGGAAGGACUUCUCUUGAGACAGGUUUCUGGGGAAACAUCAUUGUCUCAAUAUGACGUAAUAGUUUUGGAUGAAAUACAUGAACGUCAUUUGCAUGGAGAUUUCUUACUGGGUAUUGCCAAAUGUCUCAUUCAUCAAAGACCUGAGCUUAAAUUAGUACUGAUGUCUGCUACGAUCAAUAUCAAACUCUUUAGUGAUUAUUUCACUAAAGAGAAUGUGAAAAUAUUACAGGUUCCUGGGAGGUUAUAUCCAAUUCAACUACUAUAUAGACCAAUCAACAUCGAUGACAAGUGCUUUAAAAACGAUCGAUUCGAUCCGAGUCCUUACAUUAAAAUAAUGCAAAUGAUCGACGAUAAGUAUUCAAGUAAGGAGAAAGGUGAUUUACUUGUUUUUUUAAGUGGAAUAAGUGAAAUUUCAGCUGUUGUUGAAGCAGCAAAGGAAUAUGGUCUAAAGAAAAAUAAUUGGAUCGUUCUGCCUUUACACAGUACUUUAUCUAUAUCUGAACAGGAUAAAGUAUUCGGCUACGCUCCUGAUAGAAUCCGUAAAUGUAUUGUGUCAACAAAUAUAGCUGAAACAUCUAUUACAAUAGACGGAAUUAGAUUUGUCGCGGAUAGCGGAAAAGUUAAAGAAAUGAGUUACGAUCCUACAUGUAAAAUGCAGCGUCUCAGGGAAUUUUGGAUCAGUAAAGCAAGUGCAGAACAGAGAAAAGGCAGAGCGGGAAGAACUGGGCCAGGGAUUUGCUACAGAUUGUAUUCAGAAGAAGAGUACACGGCUUUAGAAAAAUAUUCCACACCAGAGUUGCAACGAGUACCUCUCGAUUCUCUCCUCUUGCAGAUGAUCAACAUGGGAUUGCCGGACCCGCGAAAGUUUCCUUUCGUAGAAUCACCACCAGCGGAAAGUAUAGAAAAUUCGAUUCUUUCAUUAAAGGAACACGGUGCUUUGACUGAAAAUGAAAAAUUGACGUGUAUUGGAAAAACACUAGCUAGAUUACCAGUUGAUCUUAAUAUUGGAAAAAUGUUAAUUAUGGGGUCAACUUUUCAUCAAGUCGAACCAGUUUUAUCUCUUGCUGCUGCUUUGAGUGUACAAAAUCCAUUCACAAACGCUGCAUAUCGGAAUACUGAGUGUGAAAAUAUCAGAAAAAAUUUGGAGUCUGGGCAUGGCGACCCAAUAACAUUAUUAAAUUCAUAUAGAGCUUGGUUGGAAGUAAAGCAAGAAAGCAGUCGUGAACAGAGGUAUGGCGGUAGUAAAAGUAAAACGUGGUGCAAAAGACGAGGCAUCGAAGAACAGAGAUUUUACGAAAUUACAAAGUUGAGAGCCCAAUUCAAGGAAUUACUUCAGGAUUGCAACUUAUUGAAAAACCGAUCCGAAAGAAACGCUUAUCUGUCAAGUGCAGAACGGGCUUUAAGACACGGUGAAUUGAAACUUUUAAAAAAUCUUAAACGAACAUACAAGCAAAAUGAACCUCGGAAACGAAAGAAACUCAAAGUUCAUUCGUUAGGUUUUGAAAUGGAAGAUGACAGUCUCGAUACUGGUGAGAUUGAUAUAAAAGACGUAGAAUUUCGUAUGAAACAUGAUGCGUCACAGGUGAAAAAGCUAGUAACGGCUACAACGGCCUGUAGUUACAAAGAUCUUACUAUGUUAAAAUUAAUUUUGUGCAGCGGUUUGUAUCCUCAGUUCGCUUGUGCUGAUGAAUACAAUUAUUGUAAGUCAGUGAGCGAACAACUGUUUCACACAAAAGUAAAACCAUAUAUCGGUCUUCAUCCAAUGAGCUUCUUCGGAAAUCAUCCUCAAAUUUUACAACUUGAGGAAGCGGAUAUCGUAUCGAUUCCGGGUUAUAAAAGCAAAUUGCCUGUCAGUUCCAAGCAUCAGUUACUCACAUACUUCUGUCUUUUGGAAACUACGAAGCCAUAUCUUGUAAAUACGCUGAGAAUGCCAGCAGCUCAAACAUUGUUACUCUUUGCGCAGGAGAUUGAUUGUAAUGCAUCUUUUUCUAUUAGUCCUUUCGGGUAUUUCGGUGAGAUCUACCUAUCCAUGACGUACCUCACCACCACCGACUCGCAUGCUGCCACCCCCAGCGAUGGAACCAGGGGCGCACGGUUAUUCUCGGGAAGCUACCAAUGUCGCCUGGGGAACCCUUUCAGUAGCAAUGCUAUGGCCAAUUUAGCCGUUCAAAUUCAGCCAACAACACCCGACGAUGCAGAACGAUAUGCUAGUGAAAUAGAAAAUUCGUUCGUCAAGGAACUCGCAGAAUAUAUGCAUACCAUUAUACCAUAUACGAUAAAGCGACUACUUCCAGCAAAUUUAAAGUCCUUAUACGUUGGCAGAGGAUGUAAUGUAAUGAGCGUGGUACCGAAUCCUUUUCAACCAGGUUUUCAAUCUGUUUCUCAUGAAUCUAAGGGUGGAGUUCGUUUAACAAAACAUAUUACAUAUAAUUGUUUAGUAGAAAAUGAAUGGUCCAGAAAACUAGCAGCUGAAAUGAACGAAAGUCAUUGGGAAUGUCAAAAUUGUGGUACGACUGGUCUGCUUUCCCCUGUGCAGAAAUUGCAACAUACAAGUACGUGUUUGAAGCACCAACAGAAAGAGGAGAGUAGUGAAAUCUCUACUGAUAUGCUUCGUAAACCCAAUAGUCGCGCAUAUGACUGUCUGGAAUGUAAAAAAACCUUAUAUCUAGUACCUGUCGAAAUACUAAAGCAUAAAAAACAGCAUCAAUAAUAUUUAAUUGUAAAAACGGCACAUCAGAAUAAAAUAAUUUUAAUAAUUGA